AUGUUCCCCGGCCUGAUCCACCACGCCGGCCGCGGUGGUCGCCCCGACGCCGGCGCCGUCGAGGACGCGCCGCGCGGCGGCGGCGGGCUGGGGUUGCAAGGGCACGGCGGAGGGCCCAGCGUGGUGCUGACGGCCGACCCCAAGCCCAGGCUCCGAUGGACGGCCGACCUCCACGACCGCUUCGUCGACGCCGUCGCCCAGCUCGGCGGGCCCGACAAAGCAACACCAAAGGCUAUCAUGAGGACAAUGGGUGUGAAGGGCCUCACCCUUUUUCAUUUGAAAAGCCAUCUUCAGAAAUACAGAUUGGGGAGACAGUCUGGCAAAGAGAUGACCGAGCAAUCCAAAGAUGCUUCUUACCUUAUGGAGGCUCAAAGUGGAACAAAUUUGUCUCCUAGAGGUUCUACUCCAGAUGUGAAAGAGAGUCAAGAACUUAAAGAAGCCCUGAGAGCACAAAUGGAAGUGCAACGAAGAUUGCAUGAACAAGUGGAGGUCCAGAAGCAUAUGCAGAUCCGAAUGGAGGCAAACCAGAAGUACAUUGACACGAUACUAGAUAAGGCAUUCAAGAUAGUAUCCGAGCAACUGAGUGGUUUCAGCAUAUCCAACCAAGACCUGCCGGAACUCGCCUCUGCUGGGGUCAUGUUUAGCUCUACAGAUCCCUUGAGCCCAUCAGUCUUCCACCAGCUCUCUGUCAGCUCGGUUAGCCUGCACAGCCCAGGAGGAGGCAAAGCCCUUCCGCAUGUUUCCAUUGACAUCUCCCAGAAGGCACCUGAACUAAAGCGCAAGUCACGCUGAGAUACAUUGCCAGCUCGAGGCGCUGCAUGACCUGAUUCAUUCUAGAAAAAUCGGAGGAGUUCUCUCUAAUAUCUGCGGGGUACAGUUGUCCCCCGCCCCCCUCCCCCCCCCCCCCCCCCCCCCUCCCUGCAACUGUAGCACACAUGUAAAGAACAAGGUGAUCGUAGUCUAUUUGGCCCAAUCUAGACCGACUUUUGUUAAUAUCCAAUGCCUAGUGGAGUAGAUCAAGUAAUUCGCUUGAUGUCUAAACUGUUGUAGCAUUCAGAGUUAUAACUUCCCGCUCAAUUAGAUUGUAUGUGGAGCUGUGCAACUGCAAGUGUUGGUUUAUUUUUGCAUAUUUCAUCGACAGUUUCUCA